AUGCUGCUGCACAUGAGCGCAGAUUAUCAUCACGUGGUUGAUGACUGUGAAGAGGCGUGGGUCGCGUGGGCGCGUUUGAAGACGCUGUACGGCGGGUCGCAGAAGGCUGGACGCAUCUACUUGAAGCGCCAGCUGUUCAGCAUGGAGAUGGCGGAAGGCGGCAAUGUGAUGCAUCAUUGCAACGAAGUCCUCAACAUCAGCGCGAAGCUCAGCAGCAUCGGCGCCAAGAUGGAGGACGAGGACAUGAGCAGCGCGGAACUGCGAUCGCGAGACGUCGUGAGAGUGCUCACGAAUGAGCACAUCAAGAGGCAAGGUGACAAGACGACAUCGGUGAAGACUGAAGACGCGGCCAAGGCGUUCAGUACCGAGCGUGAACCUCGCCAGUGUACAUACUGCGGAAAAUUGGGGCACACGGCGGAGCGGUGCUGGACCAAGCAGAAGGACGAGAAUCAAGGUGGAGCUCGACGCGGCGGCAACAAUGCUCGUGGACGCGGAGCCAACAACGUUCAGUGGCGAACCAACAGCAACUACGACGACAACUGCGAUCGAGUUGCGUUCGCGGUUUCGCUGGAGGCCGGACUUUCGACGGGCAAGAAUAUGCCAGGGAUGUGGGCAGUCGACAGCGGUGCGACGCAUCACAUCUGCAACGACAAGGCCAAGUUUGCAAGCCUGAAUGAGCGAGAGGAAGGCGAACUAUCAGUGGCUGAUGGCAGCAAGGCUGCGAUCAAGGGUGUGGGAACCAUCAUGGAACGGGUGGUUCUGCCCAAUGGUGACGAACGCGACAUCGAGAUCAAGGACGCGCUGUUCGUACCAAGCAUGAGCAAGAAUCUGCUUUCGGUGCCACAGAUCAACAAGGGUGGGAGGUUCCAAGUCGUGUUCGAUGGAUCCAAGAUGCAAGUGAAGCGCAAGAAUUCCACACAAGUCGUGGCAACAGCGGAUCUCGUCGAUGGACUUUACUGGCUGCGGACUCCUCAACGAUCGGCGAAUGCAGCAACACGCAAUGGGACCAUCGACUUGCAUGCGCGCAUGGGUCAUGCACCUCUCGAAGUUCUGCGCAAGAUGAUGGCCACUGGCAUGAUCAAGGACGCCAAGGCACCUCUCAACUCGACUGGUCCAAGUGUGUGUCGCGGUUGCCAGCAAGGAAAGAUGGUCCAAAACCAUUCCCAACCAACCGUGACAAACGCCAAUAUGGUAUCUAGCGGUUGCAUGAAGGGCUUCUGUCUGCGGUCCAAGUCUGAGAGUGAAGACUGUAUCAAGAACCACAUCAUCAAGAUUCAAACACAGUUCGGCACGAAGAUCAAGUUUGUUCGGCACGAUGGAGCGCAUGAAUUUGCGACCAACUCGAUCAAGACCUUCUACGAAGAUCAUGGUAUCGAACAACAGAUCACGGUGCCGUAUGCACACCAGACCAACGGCACCGCAGAACGCGCGAUAAGGACCAUCGUCACGAUCGGACGCAGCUUGUUGCAUCAUGCAAAGCUGGAGAAGUGUUUCUGGGCUGAAGCGGCAAUGACGGCGAUCUACAUCAAGAACCGCCUGCCUUCACCCAAGAUCGACCACAAGACUCCGUUCGAGAUCGUGUACAAGUCGAAACCAAGUGUCAAGCACAUGCGCGUGUUUGGAUGUCGGGCGUUUAUCCUGACACCAAGGGAGAAGCGAUUGAAGUGGGACCCGAAGGCUCGUGAAGGGAUGUUCAUGGGCUACGAAGAAGUGUCAAAAGCUUAUCGAGUGUACGACAUUGAGGCGGACCAAGUGGUGAUCAGUCGUGACAUCACCUUCGACGAAUCGACUUUGACUUUUCGAUGGACCGACCAAGUGACGAUGAUGAAGAUGCGGAGUUGGAUCUCGACCUCCUGGCGAUCAACGAGGACGACCUCGCCCUCGAACUGGAUUGAACAAGCAAGUGCGCCGGCACACGUCUCCAACCGUCACCAGAAACGACGAUCAAGUGCUCCAGAAACGAUGUCUGAUGACGAAGAAGAUGCAAGCGUCUACGAUCAAGAUGACGACUUGACGCCUCCAACAUUUUGGCGUGCAAGUGCAAACGCAGUGGAAGCAACGGACCUAGCAGAACCUGUGACUUUUCAAGACGCGAUCAAUGGUCCUGAUCAAGCUCACUGGCGAAAUGCUGUGAAGGCGGAACUCAAGUCGAUGCAUCUUCGUGGAGUUUUCCGUGCGGCAAAACUACCAAGAGGCCAAGGCGCGAUCGGCACCAAGUGGGUGUUCAAGAUCAAGCGCAAAGCGGAUGGAUCGGUCGAGAAAUACAAGGCGCGUCUCGUUGCCAAGGGCUUCAAGCAGAAGUACGGCAUCGACUACACAGAGACGUUCUCGCCCGUGGUCAAGUACGUGACACUGCGUAUGGUGAUCGCGAUCACCAAGUAUUUCGACUGGCCACUGGACCAACUCGAUGUGGUGACAGCCUUUCUCUACGGAGUGAUGAAGGAGAAGGUGUACUGCGUGGUACCAGAAGGCGUCGAGAUGGAUGGCGACUUCGACUGUCUCGAGUUGGUGAAGGCGAUCUACGGUCUCAAGCAAGCUUCACGUGUGUGGAACGAGACUUUCGAUGAGUUCGUAUGCUCUAUCGGUUUCGAAGCGUCGGCGUUCGACCCAUGUCUCUACAUCAAGGUUGUCGAUGGUCACUGUGUGCUCGUGCUGGUCUACGUGGAUGACGUGUUGGUCACCGGCAGCUCGCUCGAGUUGAUUGCGCAGACGAAGGCCGACCUCAAGACGCGUUUCGAGAUGACCGACAGUGGCAAGUGUACUUUUGUACUGGGCAUCGAACUGGUGGACGAAUCGGAUGGCAGCGUGACGAUGUGCCAGCGACGGUAUGUCAACGACAUCCUCAAGCGCUUCGGCAUGGAUGAGUGCAAGGCCACAUCAAGUCCGGUCGACUUGAGCACUCGGCUUGUCGCAAGCACCGAAGCGGCCAAGAUCGACGUUCCGUUUCGUGAAGCUGUGGGAGCUUUGAUGCACUUGACGACUGCGACGCGCCCGGACAUUGCGUAUGCUGUGGGGUACGUCUCGCGCUUCAUGGAGAAUCCGCAGCAAGAACAUUGGACGGCGGUGAAGCGCAUCUUUCGUUACUUGCAAGGGACCAAGUCGCACGGACUCCGAUUCCAGCCAAGCGAUAAGAUCGACUUUCGUGGCUACUCGGACGCGGACUGGGCCGGCGACCACGCUGAUCGCAAGUCGACUUCGGGUUACACUUUCAUGCUGAUGGGUGCUCCUGUGAGUUGGGGAAGCAAGAAGCAGUCAAGAAGGCAAGUGGGUGCAUCGCCUGCUAUGCGAGAUUUUGGCGGCCGCAACGAACCAGGACCGGACCUCGUCAUCCGUGAAGACAACCAGUCCUGCAUCAAGAUGACAAAGAAUCCGGUGAAUCAUGGCCGCGCCAAGCACAUCGACAUCAAGUACCAUCACAUCCGUGAUGAGGUCAAGCGCGGUGAAGUGCAGCUCGAGUAUUGCGAGACUUCCGUGAUGAUGGCGGACAUCAUGACCAAGGGACUUUCGGGACCUCGUCACAAGGACUUGACGACGGCUCUCGGCAUUCGUGCGAGUUCGGAUUGA